AAAUUAUGGAUAUGGAUAGGUUAGUAUGUUUGGGAAUUAUUACUUCUCCCCAUGGAAUUAAGGGAGCUGUAAAAAUCAAAACUUUCACCGAAAAACCUGAAAAUAUUUUUUCGUAUGGUGAAUUAAUCAAUGGUGAUGAGAGCUAUAAAAUAGAUUCAAUAUCUACUGUAGGCGAUAAUUUAGCAAUAGCUACACUUAAUGGUGUAAAUUCUUGUGACGAAGCAGAACUAUUGCGAAAUAAGAAGUUAUAUGCAACACAGGACAAGUUGCCAGAAUUGGAUAAUAAAAAUCAAUUUUAUCAUAAUGAUCUCAUAGGUAUGGAAGUAAAGCUAGAAAACAAUGAAUCAUACGGUUAUGUAACAUAUAUACAUAAUUUCGGGUCAGGAGAUAUAUUAGAAAUUAUAGCAACUAGCACAAAAAAAAAUAUCAUGUUGUCUUUUACUCAAGAAAUAUUUCCACACAUAAACGUUAAAAAGAGGUAUAUGGUAUUGAGUAUACCAGAAUUCGUUGAUUAA